AUGGUAGAGUUUAAAACAGAGAAGAGAGACAAGAGACUUGUGACUACAGCGGAAAGUCAAUUUGCAUAUGGAAAUAGAAGCUCUCAAUUUCUAGUUCAACAACAAACGGAAGUUUUUCAGCAGCAACAGCAACAAAAUCAAUCAAACACUGAUAUCAAUAGUGGUGGUGAAUCUUAUCAAUAUAAUGGUGGAAUUGGAAACAAUUCCUUCUCUUCUGAGAAUGGAAGUGAACAUGGAAGCAGUGAAACCAGAAGACUCUCAACUCCGAUUGAAAUUGAACAACAUGAUACAACUAAUCGUCACGUGAUUAAAGGUAUUGGUAGUGCACAUCGCGCUCGCUCUCAAACUUUACCUUACCAAUCACCGCAACAAUUAACAGCAACACAUUUAGGUGAUAUGAAUUCGGCCCGAUAUACGGCCGCUCCUUAUACGACCACAACAUCCUCUUUGUAUUUCGAUCGUCGUACAAAUUCAAAUAUGCCGAUCCUACCGAAUUUGUCACCCUUUUCUAAUCACCCCAAAAUUGUUCAAUUGCCUCCACCAAUAGACGCCAGUGUAACCGAUAACACUUCCGAUGGAUGGAGGGGAGAUAUAAAUGAAACUCCACAACAGCAACCAGCUCCUCCACAACAAACAACUCCUGUUAGCUAUGAACGUGCAAACAUGCACCCCAAUAACAUCACUCCUGGCAUGCACCAGGCAACACCUGAUUACGGAAUGAUGACUCCUCGCUUUCCUAAUGGUAAUGUCACUCCUCCGAUGGCACCAAACGGCUCUCCGGUGAAACAACAAAGUCCUCAGACUCCAACGAGACCACCUCAGGCUCCAGCGCCUGCUGCCAUGAUGACUACCUUUAGCUCAAAGACUGUAUCGUCGACCCCUAAACGAUACAAGUGCACCAUAUGUCAAAAGAGAUUCACUCGGCCAAGUUCUUUGCAGACUCAUAUGUACAGCCACACAGGCGAAAAACCAUUCAAAUGUCCUGUGGAAGGAUGUGGACGUCAUUUCUCGGUGGUUAGCAAUCUGCGUCGCCAUCAAAAAAUCCACGCAGCUCCUCCAUAA